CCCCAGCCCCCUCCCCCUCGGAUGUGGCUGGAGCUUGAGGCGCGCAGGGCCGGAGACGCUGCAGCCCCGCGACCCGGAGCAGCUCGGAGCGGUGAAUAAUAGCUCUUCAAGUCUGCAAUAAAAAAUGGCCUCCAAUAAAACUACAUUGCAAAAAAUGGGAAAGAAACAGAAUGGAAAGAGUAAAAAGGUCGAAGAGGCAGAACCUGAAGAAUUUGUGGUGGAGAAAGUAUUGGACCGACGUGUAGUGAAUGGGAAGGUGGAGUAUUUCCUGAAGUGGAAGGGAUUUACAGAUGCUGACAAUACUUGGGAACCUGAAGAAAAUUUAGAUUGUCCAGAGUUAAUUGAAGCAUUUCUUAAUUCUCAAAAAGCUGGUAAAGAAAAAGAUGGUACAAAAAGAAAAUCUUUAUCUGACAGUGAAUCUGAUGAUAGCAAAUCAAAGAAGAAGAGAGAUGCUGCUGACAAACCAAGAGGCUUUGCCAGAGGUCUUGAUCCUGAACGAAUAAUUGGUGCCACAGACAGCAGUGGAGAACUGAUGUUUCUCAUGAAAUGGAAAGAUUCAGAUGAGGCUGACUUGGUGCUGGCAAAAGAGGCAAAUAUGAAAUGUCCUCAGAUUGUGAUUGCUUUUUAUGAAGAGAGAUUAACUUGGCAUUCUUGUCCAGAAGAUGAAGCUCAGUAAUUGUUUGCAUUUUUUUUAUAUAUAUUUUUAUAUAUA